AUGAAGAGACAACGGGAGCCAUCUGAGAAGUCCAAGAAGGCAAAGAAAGAAAAAUUGGGAGAAACUUCUGGGUCAAGACCUCCAGUCCCUCUGGCUGAUUCUCCAAGUAAGUCUUUGCCUCCUUCUUGCUCUAUUAAAUUAAAGCCACUUGCUUCUUCCCUUCCCCAAACCACUCCCAUCUACACCCAAUCAGAAAUACCACCCUUCACCACUAGACCCUCUAACCCACCAUCUCUAAAAUUCAAUCUCGCAACCACUACCUUACCCGUUUCUGAAGCAGAAAUGCUGAACGAAACCACCUCACCAUCAUCUUCUACACCUUUAUCCCCACCAUACUACAUUCUCUCAUCAGACACCGAACUCUCUAACCCUCAAUCCCCCACACUAGCCCAACUUCAGGAACAUGCUCUUGCCUCUUAG